UUUGGGAAGAAAUGUGUUGAUUCUUGUUUAUUGUGUUAUUGUAAAUGGUAAAUUUGGAUUAUAUGCUCUUUCUAAUUAUUAAUUAUAUACAUAAACAAUGGUGUGCGAGAAAUGUGAGAAGAAACUAGGAAGAGUAAUCACACCAGAUCCAUGGAAAACCGGCGCAAGGAAUACAGUUGAGUCUGGAGGACGAAAAGUUGGUGAAAAUAAGGCGCUAACAGCAAAGAAGGGCCGGUAUAAUCCUUACACAUCGAAAUUUUAUGAGUGCAAGAUAUGCAGAACAAAAGUGCAUCAAGUAGGAUCUCACUACUGUCAAGCAUGUGCAUACAAGAAAGGGAUCUGCGCUAUGUGCGGAAAGAAGAUUUUAGACACGGCAAAUUAUAGGCAAAGUUCAACAUAGCAUUUGGACAAUUGUUUUAAGUUUAUGUGGAAAAUAUUAUAGAUAUAAGUUUAUUUAAUAUUCUCUUUGGACUAAAGGUUAAUGCAAUUUUCAUAUAUAUUUAAAGUACAGAUGCAUUUCUUAUGUUUUAUUGGUAUUUUAUACUAGUAAUUUAUUGAUAUGUCCUACUAUAUUAAAAAAAAUGUAAAAAAAAAUCACAACAAUAAUCAGAAUACCUUUUUAAAAUAUAUUAAAAUUGUAAAAUAUUUUGAGAUUGUUCGUAAAAUAGUUUUAAGAUUACCCAUUGAAAUGUUCACAUAGCACAAUUGAUAAAAAUCUUUAAUCUUUAGAUAUAGAUGAUACAAAUGUUACUUGAAAUCCUGAAUAUUGUAAAAUAUUAAAUAAUUAUACUUACUUGUACAUACCUAGUUACUUAAAUAUAAAUUAGGAAU